AUGCUCUCACGUGUUGCUGCAGUGAAGGCACCCCGCACACACAACCGUCGCCGCGUGACCGGAUCCAGCGGAAGGAGGAGGGAAGGAAGAGAGAGUGAGCCGCAGAGGCCCAACAUGUCCCGGCAUCCCUUCUAUUCUGCGGUGCUGCUCCUCGCCGUUGUGAUGAUGUGCUGCUGCAGUGGAGCUGCAUCCAGUCAGGACACGUCGCCAGCUUCAGGAUCUUCAAAGGGGAAAUUGUUUGAUUGGAGAGAUAAGAAGGGAGAAACAGUGAGUUCGCUCCGUGUUCCCAGUCUUGUUGAGAUGAAUGGUGAUGUGUUUGCCGUUGCUGAGGCGCAGUGCACGGGCACCGGAGAAUGCGUUUUUACUGGGAUUGCCUCGGAGCUCCUGACAUUGAGUGAUGAAGAAUCAAAAGAAUUGGAUACAAAUAAACUGAAGACGCAAGUACUGGUGAACCGUUCUUCCGGAGGAGAACAAUGCCCCUCCCAAACAGCAGUUCUGGCUGGCACUCAAAGAGUGA